CACUGGUAUAUUUCAGAAAGUUUUCUGUGUAUGACAUUGGCAGUGUUUAAAAGAGCUAAGAUUGGGGAUGCUGGAGAACAUUGCUUUUUUUUCUCUUUCCCCUAGGUGGUGUUGAGAACAACAUACCCCAAGCCACGUUGUCCCUGACAUUGUAGGUGAAUGCCCUAAUGCAAGUAAUUUCUUCAUUAUUUAAUAGAGUCCAGAUUUCAUUAAUCCAGUCUUAAUGCAGACACCUUAACCCAGCAGUUAGAUGACAACUGCAUUUAGCUCAUCAUUAAAGACCUCUAGUUCUUUGGACUUGAGCCUACAGCCUGCCAUGUUGCUUGAUGGUCUUGGGAGUCAUCAGCAGCCUGCUUUCUUACCUGACAACCUUGGAUUUUGCAUCCAGAAGCCUGCCAUCUGAACUGCAGGGCUUGGGUUCAUCAGUGCCUACAGCUACAUGUGUCAGACGUCUCCAGCCUGAUGUAUGACCAGUGGGCAUGGGACUUGCCAGCUUCUGUAACUGAAGAUCAGAGUAUUGAAAGAAGCACUGCUCUUCUCAGAAAUUCCAGGAGAGGGAGUCAUGGAGAGGUUGACUUCCAGACAUGAGGGCAGAGCCACUCAUUCUCCAGCCUCAGCCCCUUCCCCGGAAGCAGCGGAGCCGACCAGCUGUCAGGAGGCGCUGACCUUCGACGACGUGGCUGUGGUCUUCUCCGAGGACGAGCUAGAACUGUUAAACUCCGCCCAGAGGCAGCUGUACAGAGACGUGAUGCUGGAGAACUUCACGAACCUGGUCUCCGUGGGGCAACAGCCUCUCCAGUCUGACCAGGUAUCCCAUUUGGAACAAGAUGAAGAAACCUGGGUGGUGGAGAAAGAAAUUCCACCAGCUCCAGAUCCAGGAGACAAAAAUGAAGUGGAUAUGGAGUGUAUUCAAGAGAAAAAAUUGAAAGUCCUUUUACAGAAAGAGCUUAACUACUGGAAAAUCUGGAAACAAGUCACUGGAGAAUUAACUGGCAGUCAAGAUGGUGGAAGAAAUCUUCAAGGGAAAGAUUGCCAGUCUUCGAAAGACACUUCUCACUGUCAAGGUUGGGGAGACCAAUCUGUUCCGGGCUUUGGAAUGGAGAAUUUGGUGGGUGGUUUUCAAGGACGUGGUACUAUCAGUGCAGACCAUCAAGUGUAUCCAUCCUGGAAAGGUGUGAGCCUAGCCCCCAUUCAGGGCUCUUGGAACUUUGUGAGUGAGCCUUGGAAUAUUCAGGGAAGCUAUAAAAAAAUCUACAUGCAAGAUACACUAUAUAAAUGUGAUGGGGGUGAUUAUAGUUUCAGCUGGAUAGCAUCACAUCACCAUGAUCACAGACCACUUGAAGGAGAGAAACCUACUGACUGUGAUGAGGAUAGAAAUCACUGCACUGACGAGGCAAUCCUUUAUCACCCCAACUCUAGCACCAAUGGCUGUAAACGUCAGGAAGGUCGAAGUGGCUUCAUGGAUGACUCAAACCUACCCACUCACCCACGAAUGCACUUGGAAUAUCAGCAGGACACGCUACCACAGAGUGUCUAUCAGGGCAGACAUCAAAGCAUCCCCAUAGGAGGGGCCUCGUCUAUAAAUGUGGAGGGUGGUCAGAGCUCCAGGCAAAGCGUUGACCCUUUCAAGGUCCAAACAGAAGAGAAAUCCUAUACAUGCUUCGAGUGUGGGAAGUGCUUUUGGCGGAUUUCAGACCUUCAUAAUCAUAAGAGAAUCCACAACAGAGAAAGACCUUACAUAUGUGAUGUGUGUGGUAAAGGUUUCAUCUUCAGCUCCGACCUCCUCAUUCACCAGAGAGUCCACACCGGAGAGAAACCAUAUAAAUGUGCCGAGUGCGGUAAAGGCUUCAGCUACAGUUCAGUACUUCUCAGUCACCAGAGAGUCCACACGGGGGAGAAACCUUAUAAAUGUGAAGAGUGUGGGAAGGGCUUCAGGUGCACCUCGAAUCUCUACAUCCAUCAGCGAGUCCACACGGGAAAGAAACCCUACACAUGCGAUGAGUGCGGCAAGGGUUUCAGUCAUAGCUCAAAUCUGCGCACCCACCAGCGACUGCACACUGGAGAGAAACCCUACACGUGUUUUGAGUGUGGAAAGGGCUUCCGGUUCGGCUCGAGUCUCCUGAGCCAUAAGAGAGUACACACCGGAGAGAAACCAUAUCGAUGUGACAUCUGUGGGAAUAGCUACAGCCAGAGCUCACAUCUUCAAGGCCACCUGAGGGUGCACACGGGGGAGAAACCCUACAGGUGUGAAGCGUGUGGGAAGUGCUUCAGUCAGAGCUCCUCCCUCCAGCUCCAUCAGAGAGUCCACACCCGAGAGAGGCCCUAUACGUGUGAGGAGUGUGGCAAGAGCUACAGUCAAAAGUCAAGUCUGCGAUUUCACCAGAGAGUGCAUUUUAAGUGAGAAGCCCUCUCAGGAGCUGUAAGCUCAGGGCUCCAGUUAGAAGUCAGAACUUGGUAUUUAUUGGAGAGCCAAGCCGGAAAAAAUGCUCGGUGAAAGUCGUCCAUCUAAAGUGCUGCUGGAGAGGCCCGUGCAUAGCCAUCACUGAAUCCGGGUAGGGAGCGAAGAUCUGGAAGUUUGAUCAAUAAAGCGAUUUUUACCAA